AAUAAGCAAAUUUUAAUCACGUUUCGCACGUCAUGAGAGAUUGUGUAAAUAAAAAUGCGCGUAGUUUACAUCAAUCCCUUUAAUCGACAAUAACAAACAGUGUUUUGUGUUCUUCGUCGUCCUUCCAUCGUCCACAGACCCACCGAAAAUACAAAGGCAGCUGUCGAACAAAAGCCCAUCGUCCAGCCAAAAUAGAUCUCCAUGGAUUUUCUCACGAGGAAACUGCGCGAUUUCCGUGGCAUCUUCGUCCGAGAGGAAAAGGCUGAGGAAAAACGCGAAAUCACUAGAUUUGAGGGUUAUUUCGAGCUGUGCUACAAGAUCCUGAGCUGGGAGGAUAUUUCCCUGACGUUGACAACGUUCUUGGUACUUAAUUUCGUUUUUUGGCUAGUCAUCCAACUGCAGCUCAAGUUUUUUGGGGUUAUCUUCCUACUCACUCUGGUAGGUUUCGUGGUUGAUGCAUGCUUCGAAAACACCCAGUAUGUUAACGUGGAAGCGUCACACUUGGAGAUUCUAGACGAGCUCAAAAACGACCUGACGGACAUCGUGCUGUCGCUGAAAGCCCUCCGUAAAGACAGCCCCUCUUCGUUUUGCAUUGGCAUGUCGCUGAUUUUCCUAUCAAUUAGCUUUGUGGCAAGAAAUAUAUCCGGCUAUGUUCUCUUCUAUUUGGUGCUCCUAGCGAUAUUCUUCGUCCCGUUGGGGCUAUCCAAAGUGCCCCCGGAAUACCUAGCCUCCCUCAAACAAUUCAUUCGAGCCAUAGGAUCAGAGCGAGGAGUUCUUGCUGAAGAUGAGCUAAUCCCGUUCAUCUCAGAUAAGGAUUUUAACCGGGGUGAUCCAGAUCUUGAUAGUUUGUUGACUGAUAAAACAGCAGAUUCAGUUACUAGUUCUCUCAUCAGCGGCCUAAAUUCCAUGCCGUCGCACCUCGACGCCGAGGACAAGGAAAGCCUCGAAGAAGAAGAUCUGUUGCCUCCGGGAAACAAUCAAGGUGCUAUUUCUUUCACUCCCGGUGAAAUUUCGAGUGAUUCGGACUCUGAUAAUAAAGGUAUUCGUUUUGAGUCAGGUCACUUCAACGGGGACAGUUCUUCGGAGGAAGAGGCCUACGCGAAGAACUUGAGUUUCGCUAAUGUCGAUAAUCGAGAUUCCGUCGAUAAGGAUACUAUUAGCACGCUGUUAAACGUAGCGGCAGUUGGUGACAAUUUAAUCAAAAUGGCUAGUAUCAUAAAAAAUGUUGUAGUAAAUCCUCCGGUACAAAGGAAAGACAGCAGCAGCGAUAGUGAUUUUGAAAUAAUUAAUUCUGAGGAAGCGCAAGAACACUGAUAGGUUUGUUGAUAUUUGACAGAAUGUGAUAUUUUGAUUUGCUUGUAGUAUAGCUUAAUUAUUUAUUAUCAGGAUGUGAUUUAAUUUAAUUUAAUUUCUCCCUCUAGACUAGGAUUGUGCGUAGUUUUUUCGACUAUACUUACCCGAAUAUCAAUAAAAGUAGCUUAAGUAUAUUUAGGUUUUUAAAUACCAAUGAUAGUUUAAGACACAAGAAUUUUGGUAAUAAUCUAUUUACACGAACAAAAAUCUCACAAGAACCAUAUAAAGUUAGUUAUAAGUAACACGCAUAACACACUUUUAAACGGUAUAGCGUAACUACUAAAAGUGUGACAAUAAGGCACAUCAAACUAUAAUUUAAAUAUUGUUGAUUUGUAAAUAUUCUUAUCACAGUUAUUGACUAAAAUCCUCGACACAAUUUUUAAGAUGUAUGGUGUAUUGUAGCAGAUCCAAGAUUUGUUAGCCUAAUAAAAUCUUUGAGAAUUUAGCCACAGUA